AUGCCCCGACCACGCGCACGACGUCGUGAGCGACGCUCCAUUCCCCAGGGGCGCGCUUACAUCUACUCCACAUUCAACAACACGCUGGUCAGCCUGACCGACCCCGACGGAAACGUCGUGGCGUCCACCAGCGCGGGCACCGCCGGCUUCCGCGGAUCACGCAAGGGCACGGCUUUUGCCGCGCAGCGAGCCGCCGAACAGGCCGCACGUCGCGGCGUGGACAUGGGCAUGCGCAAUAUUGACGUGUACAUCAAAGGCCCUGGCUCCGGACGCGAACCCGCUAUUCGGGCUUUGCAGGGAGCGGGCCUCAACGUCAACAGCAUUCGCGACGUGACUCCCAUCCCCCACAACGGUGUCCGUCCGCCAAAGCGCCGCCGGGUCUAA